AUGAAUACCGCUGAGCAGCAGCAAUCCCCUCCCCAGGACGGCAAUGUCUUGGGUGCUGCCGCAGUCCCCGUCCAGGGUGCGCCUCAACUCCCACCUCAGAUGUUCACGACCGCUGCACAAUUGCUAGAUCUCACAGAUAAGAAACUCAUGCUCGUCCUGCGUGAUGGCCGGAAACUCAUUGGCGUUCUGCGCACUUGGGACCAAUUUGCGAAUCUCGUCUUGACGGACACGAAAGAGAGGUACUAUGUCGAGACUGACGAGGGUGAUGAUGCGCCGCCACGAAGAUUGUUCUGCGAUAUACCGAGGGGAACGUAUUUGGUGAGAGGGGAGAAUGUUUUGCUGUUGGGAGAGAUUGAUCUGGAUAGAGAUGAGGAGACUCCGCCUGGGUAUGUUGAGGGGCAAAUUGAGGAGGUGUUUGGGAUACAGAAGAGACAGGAGAUGGAUAGGAAAAAGAGUGAUAAGUCGAAAUUGCGGAGAUUUGGUGAUCUGGAGAGUAGUGGUGAGGUGCUCUUCUGA